UAGGCGGGAGCGAGGGACAGAGGGAGGGGAGCGAAGGGAGGCAAAGAGCUGAGGUGGAGACGGGAGGGCGCGCAGCUUGGUUGCUCGGUAGUACGGCGGCUCGCGAGGGAGAAUCCCGGGCGGACUCCGGGACGCCCCGAGAGGCGGGCGGGGAUGGUGUGCGGGGCUGCGGCUCCUGCGUCCCCUUCCCGCGGCGACUGAGCUGCACUGAUUUUUUUUGUCCCCCUGAGGCGGCAGCGUGGACCCGCCUGGAGAUGAGGCGUCGAUUAGCAAGGUGAAAGUAACAGAACCAUGGCUCAGUUUCCCACACCUUUUGGUGGCAGCCUGGAUAUUUGGGCCAUAACUGUAGAGGAAAGAGUAAAACAUGACCAGCAGUUCCACAGCUUAAAGCCGGCGUCUGGAUUUAUUACUGGUAACUGGCGUGAUCAAGCUAGAAACUUUUUUUUUCAAUCUGGGUUACCUCAGCCUGUUUUAGCACAGAUAUGGGCGCUCGCUGAUAUGAAUAAUGAUGGCAGGAUGGAUCAAGUGGAGUUUUCCAUUGCUAUGAAACUCAUCAAGCUGAAGCUCCAAGGGUAUCAGCUCCCGUCUGCGCUUCCCCCUGUCAUGAAACAGCAACCAGUUGCUAUUUCUAGUGCACCAGCGUUUGGUAUGGGAGGUAUCGCCAGCAUGCCGCCGCUGACCGCCGUUGCUCCUGUGCCAAUGGGUUCCAUUCCCGUUGUCGGGAUGUCUCCCCCCCUAGUAUCAUCUGUCCCUGCAGCAGGGGUGCCCCCCCUGGCUAACGGGGCGCCCCCGGUCAUACAGCCUCUGCCUGCGUUUGCUCAUCCUGCUGCCACAUUGCCAAAGAGUUCUUCCUUCAGCAGAUCUGGCCCAGGCUCGCAGCUGAACACGAAGCUGCAGAAGGCACAGUCGUUCGACGUGGCCAGCGUCCCUCCUGCAGCUGAGUGGGCUGUUCCUCAGUCAUCCAGGCUGAAAUAUAGACAGCUCUUCAAUAGUCACGACAAAACCAUGAGUGGACACCUGACAGGUCCCCAAGCAAGAACUAUUCUUAUGCAAUCAAGUUUACCACAGGCUCAGCUGGCUUCAAUAUGGAAUCUUUCUGACAUUGAUCAAGACGGAAAGCUCACAGCGGAAGAGUUUAUCCUGGCUAUGCACCUCAUUGAUGUAGCUAUGUCUGGCCAGCCACUGCCACCGGUCCUGCCCCCAGAAUACAUCCCACCUUCCUUUAGAAGAGUUCGAUCUGGUAGUGGUAUAUCUGUCAUAAGCUCAACUUCGGUGGAUCAGAGGUUACCAGAGGAACCAGUUUUGGAAGAUGAACAGCAACAACUAGAAAAGAAACUACCUGUAACCUUUGAAGAUAAGAAGCGGGAGAACUUUGAACGGGGCAACCUGGAGCUGGAGAAGCGGAGACAAGCGCUCUUGGAGCAGCAGCGUAAAGAGCAGGAGCGCCUGGCCCAGCUGGAGCGGGCGGAGCAGGAGAGGAAGGAGCGGGAGCGCCAGGAGCAGGAGCGCAAAAGACAACUGGAGCUGGAAAAGCAGCUGGAGAAGCAGCGGGAGCUGGAGCGGCAGAGGGAGGAGGAGCGCCGGAAGGACAUCGAGAGGCGGGAGGCUGCAAAACGGGAGCUUGAAAGGCAAAGACAGCUUGAAUGGGAACGGAAUCGAAGACAAGAACUAUUAAAUCAAAGAAACAAAGAACAAGAAGACAUAGUUGUGCUGAAAGCAAAGAAAAAGACUUUGGAAUUUGAAUUAGAAGCUCUAAAUGAUAAAAAACAUCAAUUAGAAGGAAAACUUCAGGAUAUCAGAUGUCGAUUGACAACCCAAAGGCAAGAAAUUGAGAGCACAAACAAAUCUAGAGAGUUGAGAAUUGCAGAAAUCACCCACCUACAACAACAAUUACAGGAGUCCCAGCAAAUGCUUGGAAGACUUAUUCCAGAAAAACAGAUACUCAAUGACCAACUGAAACAAGUUCAGCAAAACAGUUUGCACAGGGAUUCACUUCUCACACUCAAAAGAGCCUUAGAAGCAAAAGAACUGGCUCGGCAGCAGCUACGAGACCAGCUGGAUGAAGUGGAGAAAGAAACUAGAUCAAAAUUACAGGAGAUAGAUAUUUUCAACAAUCAGCUGAAGGAACUUAGAGAAAUACAUAAUAAGCAGCAACUCCAGAAACAGAAGUCCAUAGAGGCUGAACGACUGAAACAGAAGGAACAAGAACGAAAGAUCCUGGAAUUAGAAAAACAAAAAGAAGAAGCCCAAAGACGAGCUCAGGAAAGGGACCAGCAGUGGUUGGAGCACGUGCACCAGGAGGAUGAGCAGCAGCGGCCACGAAAACCCCACGAGGAGGAGAAGCUCAAAAGGGAAGAGAGUGUCAAAAGGAAGGACAGUGAGGAGAAGGGCAAACCGGAAAUGCAAGACAAGCUGAGUCGGCUUUUCCACCAGCAUCAAGAACCAGCUAAGCCCGCUGUCCAGGCUCCCUGGUCCACUGCAGAAAAAGGCCCACUUACGAUUUCUGCACAGGAGAAUGUAAAAGUGGUGUAUUACCGAGCACUCUAUCCCUUUGAGUCCAGGAGUCACGAUGAAAUCACGAUCCAGCCGGGAGAUAUAGUCAUGGUGGACGAAAGCCAAACUGGAGAACCGGGAUGGCUUGGAGGAGAAUUAAAAGGAAAGACGGGAUGGUUCCCUGCAAACUACGCAGAGAAAAUCCCAGAAAACGAGGUUCCUGCCCCAGUCAAACCAGUGACUGAGGUGGCCUCCACCCCUACACCCAAAGUGGCUGUGCGUGAGACCCCCGCCCCUUUGGCUGCAGCCCCCGCAGAGCCCUCCGAGACCCCCAACAACUGGGCCGACUUCAGCUCCACGUGGCCCACUAGCACCAGUGAGAAGCCAGAAACAGACAACUGGGACGCAUGGGCAGCCCAGCCCUCCCUCACCGUGCCAAGCGCCGGGCAGUUGAGGCAGAGAUCGGCCUUCACUCCAGCCACGGCCACAGGCUCAUCUCCAUCUCCUGUUUUAGGCCAGGGUGAAAAGGUGGAGGGGCUACAGGCGCAAGCCCUGUAUCCGUGGAGAGCCAAGAAAGACAACCAUUUAAACUUUAACAAAAAUGAUGUCAUCACCGUACUGGAGCAGCAAGACAUGUGGUGGUUUGGAGAAGUGCAAGGCCAGAAGGGCUGGUUCCCCAAGUCCUACGUGAAGCUCAUUUCAGGGCCCGUCAGGAAAUCGACGAGCAUGGAUUCUGGUUCCUCAGAAAGUCCCGCAAGUCUGAAGAGGGUAGCUUCCCCAGCAGCCAAGCCAGCCGUGUCGGGAGAAGAAUUUAUUGCCAUGUACACUUACGAGAGUUCUGAGCAAGGCGAUUUAACCUUUCAGCAAGGGGAUGUGAUUUUGGUUACCAAGAAAGAUGGUGACUGGUGGACAGGAGCGGUGGGCGACAAGUCCGGCGUCUUCCCUUCUAACUAUGUGAGGCUUAAAGAUGCAGAGGGCUCUGGAACUGCUGGGAAAACAGGGAGUUUAGGAAAAAAACCUGAAAUUGCGCAGGUCAUUGCCUCCUACACAGCUACGGGUCCUGAGCAGCUUACCCUGGCCCCCGGCCAGCUGAUCCUGAUCCGGAAGAAGAAUCCCGGUGGAUGGUGGGAAGGAGAGCUACAGGCACGUGGGAAAAAGCGCCAGAUAGGCUGGUUCCCUGCUAAUUACGUCAAACUUUUAAGCCCUGGGACGAGCAAGAUUACUCCAACAGACCCACCGAAGCCAGCAGCAUUCCCAGCAGUGUGCCAGGUGAUCGGGGUGUACGACUAUACUGCGCAGAACGACGACGAGCUGGCCUUCAGCAAGGGCCAGGUCAUCAACGUCCUCAACAAGGAGGACCCCGACUGGUGGAAGGGCGAAGUCCACGGGCAGGUGGGGCUCUUCCCGUCCAACUACGUGAAGCUGACCACGGACAUGGACCCCAGCCAGCAAUGGUGUUCAGACUUACACCUCUUGGAUAUGCUGACCCCAACUGAGAGAAAGAGACAGGGGUACAUCCACGAGCUCAUUGUCACAGAGGAGAACUACGUGAAUGACCUGCAGCUGGUCACAGAGAUCUUUCAGAAACCCCUGAUGGAGUCUGAGCUGCUGACAGAAAAAGAGGGUGCUAUGAUUUUUGUUAACUGGAAGGAGCUGAUUAUGUGUAAUAUCAAACUACUGAAAGCGCUGAGGGUCCGCAAGAAGAUGUCUGGAGAGAAGAUGCCCGUGAAGAUGAUCGGGGACAUCCUGACGGCCCAGCUGCCACACAUGCAGCCCUACAUCCGCUUCUGCAGCUGCCAGCUCAACGGGGCUGCCUUGAUCCAGCAGAAGACCGAUGAGGCCCCGGACUUCAAGGAGUUUGUCAAAAGACUGGCCAUGGACCCACGCUGUAAGGGAAUGCCCCUGUCUAGUUUUAUACUGAAGCCCAUGCAACGAGUAACGAGAUACCCACUGAUCAUUAAAAAUAUCCUGGAAAACACUCCAGAAAACCACCCGGACCACAGCCACCUGAAGCACGCCCUGGAGAAGGCAGAGGAGCUGUGCUCCCAGGUGAAUGAAGGGGUGCGGGAGAAGGAGAACUCGGACCGACUGGAGUGGAUCCAGGCCCAUGUGCAGUGUGAAGGCCUGUCGGAGCAACUUGUGUUCAAUUCCGUGACCAACUGCUUGGGGCCACGCAAGUUUCUGCACAGCGGGAAGCUCUACAAGGCCAAGAGCAAUAAGGAGCUGUAUGGCUUCCUCUUCAACGACUUCCUGCUGCUGACCCAAAUCAUCAAGCCCCUGGGCUCCUCUGGCACCGACAAAGUCUUCAGCCCCAAAUCAAACCUGCAGUAUAAAAUGUACAAAACACCUAUUUUCCUAAAUGAGGUUCUAGUGAAGUUGCCCACUGACCCUUCUGGGGAUGAACCCAUCUUCCACAUUUCCCAUAUCGACCGAGUCUACACGCUCCGAGCAGAGAGCAUAAACGAAAGGACUGCCUGGGUGCAGAAGAUCAAAGCAGCUUCUGAACUCUACAUAGAGACGGAGAAGAAGAAGCGGGAGAAGGCGUACCUGGUCCGCUCCCAAAGAGCCACAGGCAUCGGAAGGUUGAUGGUGAACGUGGUUGAAGGCAUUGAGCUGAAACCUUGUCGGUCACAUGGGAAGAGUAACCCGUACUGCGAGGUGACCAUGGGCUCCCAGUGCCACAUCACCAAGACCAUCCAGGACACCCUGAACCCCAAGUGGAACUCCAACUGCCAGUUCUUCAUCAGAGACCUGGAGCAGGAGGUGCUGUGUAUUACCGUGUUUGAGAGGGACCAGUUCUCGCCAGAUGAUUUUUUGGGUCGGACGGAGAUCCGCGUGGCCGACAUCAAGAAGGACCAGGGCUCCAAGGGUCCAGUUACGAAGUGUCUCCUGCUGCACGAAGUCCCCACGGGAGAGAUCGUGGUCCGCUUGGACCUGCAGUUGUUUGAUGAACCAUAGGGAGCCCGCCAGGGCACGCUUGGCAGAGCUCAGCCCGAGGCAGCGGAUGCUGCCUGCCUGGAAACAGCAUGGCUUUUCGAGGACCAACGUUUGGUGUUCAGCCACAGGGCAACAGGGCAGAGAAGAUAGGCCACUCCAAGCUUCUGGGACUGCUUCUUGACAAUCCUUCCCCUAAAUCAUUUCCCAUGUUAGGAAACAGGACUGUGUUUUCCUUUGUCCUCACUGCGGGGCUCAUCGUGGCUUCUAGGGUCUUUGAAGUCCCAUCGCCCCCCAGCUACCUUUGGUGGGGUGUCCGUCCCAUCCCUGGGCCUGAGGCUUGAGUCUGGUUACUGUAAAAUAGGUUCAUAAAUGCAACGUCUAUAUUUUUGGAGAACUCACGGGACCCUCCUGUUUCUUUCCUCCACCAGCCUCCAAGCAGGCCUUCCAGGAUGCCUAGUCCUUGGUGUGUUUAGAAAUGAUCACGCUGAUCAUGUCAUUGCUUCAGAAUCUCAUUUCCCCACUGGGACCUCAUUGGAAAUGCUGCCCUGGGUCUGAUCACUUGGGGAGAUGGUCUUCCGAUCAGAUGCUGGUCUAAUCCGUGGGAGAUCAGAUGCUGGUCUAAUCCAUGGAAGAUUCCAGCAGGCAUGUUGUUAGGGUUUUUCCAGUCUCCUCCAGGUCUUUUUACUGGUAGCUGUCAAUGAAAACUAUCACUGGCUACUAUCAGGUGGCAUGAUUCUGGUUUCCGGCACCCCUGGAAGACGGUUAAGGGAGGUUGUCUACCCAGUUAUACUCUGCAGGACUAGGUCACUGUAGCUUCCCUGAAAGGCUACUUGAUGAUGUUAUUGGGUCCCCAUCUCCAGCCCUGCUGGACAUUCCCUUUCUGCUUGGAGGUCCUGUGUUUCAGAACAAGAGUGGUUGCUGGUGACCAGCUCUGAGCCUCUUCCUGCCUGCUUGUCAUGGGCAAGUUCUGCACGUGUCUUUGGUACAUUCCUCCCAAAGGUGUCCCCAAGGUGUGCAAAGGAAAACUGACAAUCCGUGGAGGAAAUCUAUUACUGUGGUGGGGGAGAGACAUUAGGAGCAGGCAAGCCCCUCGGUUCCAGGGAAGCAGACCCAAGACUCCUUCCCAAAGCCCGCCGUACACAGCCAACCUCUCAGUAACGGAAGGACACACGGCGUGUUGCCAGAAUCAGGAACAUAUGACCACGCGCCAAGUUCGGUUUGAGUUCUUUUUUAUUUUUUAAACUGUUAGUGGAGUAUAGUUGGUUUACUGCGGUGUCAGUUUCUGCUGUAUAGCAAAGUCAAUCGUCCGUGCAUAUUCACACGUCCCCUCUUCUCUGGAUUUCCUUCCCACGUAGGUCACCGCGGAGCUCUGAAUGGCGUUCCUUGUGGUGUACAGUAGGUUCUCAUUAGGUACCCAUGUAUCCAUGGUGGUGUAUACAUGUCAAUCCCAGUCUCCCAGUCCCCCCGCACCCCGCCUCCCUCUCCCUGGGUGCCCACCCGUCUGUCCUCUGUGUCUUUAUCACAUCAGAUCAUCAAUACCACUUUUCUAGAUGCCGCAUAUAUAUGCUAAUAUAUGAUACCUGUUUUUCUCUCUCUGACUUACUUCACUCCAUCUGACAGUCUCUGGGUUCAUUCACAUCUCUGCAAACGGCCACAGUUCCGUUCCUUUUUGUGGCUGAGUAAUACCAGUUUGAGUUCUUUGAGUUUUUCUCCUUAAAUGCCAGGAGAUAGGCUGGUUGACUAGAUAAGAACUUGAUUUGCUCAUGACAAGCAUGGAUCAUAUUUUGUUUGCAUGUUAAUGCUCCCAUAAUCCCAGUUUGUCGUUUUACCAUGAAAUGUUCAUUGCAUGUUCUCUCAGUCCUGGAAUCUAGCUUUCCUGGGUGAGACGGUGUUCUCCUCAAUUGCAGGUCCUUAGAAUUUAAUUAGGAUUGUAGAAUGCGUUCUAAAGACAGCAUUGGCACUUUCCUGGUGGUUCCAGUGGUUAGGACUGUGCUUCCACUGCUGGGGCUGCAGGUUCCAGCCCGGGUUGGGAAACUAAGAUCCUGCAUACCAUGUGGUGUGACCAAAAAAGAGGGGGAAAAAAAAGAUAGUUAACUACCCACUUUGCUAGGAACUGAAUAUGUCAUGUCAUCCUUCAAGCAAUUUUUAAAAUGUGUGUCUCGGAAAGGGCAACAAAGUUUACAUUUCAUACUUCUAAGAAACACUUUAUUAUUUAUUUAUUAAAGAUAGUGUAGACUUUUGUAUCAAGAACAACAGACAUAAGUAUUUUUUGAAACAAGCAGAUCUCCCUUUAGUUAGUAACUCUCAGCUGAAGACCUUAGAGACCAAGUUCAACUUCAAGCAUGCAUUCGUUUACCACUUUCCAGCAGCAAGCAUGGUUCGGAUACUUUAAGUUCAUAUGUAUGUUUUGAUGCUGUUAGGAAACUGUUUUAAAUGAUAUCUAUGAAUAGACCUACCAGUCAUGCUUUCCUAUGUUAUACCCAAUACAGUUUGUUCAGUGUCUUUAUGAAGGACACGUGAUUAUGAUAGAAAAAGAAGGGUUACCUGUGUGUACGGAGUCGUAUUGGGUCACCAAUGCAAUCCCUUUCUUUCUCCCUUUUCUUCAUUGGCUUUCCUUGCGUGUGAAUGUUGGGCAUCACCAUUCAUGUAGGGUGGAUGUGAUGUGCUCAGUGACAAACGUCUUGUCACCUUUUUUGGUCCACCAGCUCACCCACCCAUGCAGAGUCCCAUUAUUGGAAUUAGUGUCACGUGAAGAAGCAAUAUGUGAGUCUUUUCUGCCAGGUGACUGAACUGAGCACCCUUGCGAUGCUCCUCCAGGGCAGCGGUUCUGGAUGAGUGCCCUGUACUCACCAGGGUGAUUUGUAAGGUGACUGAUCCUCCUUACAGACGAGAUAGGUUGGCUGUCAGAUCCAGCUGUCACUCAGGAACGUGGAUGAUGCAUGGUCUCCAAUUCUUUGAGACUAGUCCUUCGCGUCUACCUUUUUGGGUGGCCGGGGCUGUAUUUCAUAGAGAUGAAAUGUCCCUUUCCAAUAACCUUCUGUGUCCUAGCUCUUUGCUUUCCACACACAGGGUUUCCCCUGGCCACUGCCUUCUGGCAUUGACUCCAGCCCUCCAGACAUCCCGAGUUUCCUCCUUCUCUGAGCCACCCUGACCUCGUCUAAGCCCAGCAAGGGAACUGCUCAUGGAGCCAUACCCCAAGGACAGGAGCCCUUGGGCUGGGCCUCCUUUGUCAACCAGCUCUCCCAGUCCCUCUGGGGCAGGGUCUUUCUGGCAGGCAGGUGGGAGGCAUGUCUCCUGGAAUCAGGGCACCUGUGACCCCCCCAGAGCCUGAGGAUGUGGUUUAUUCAGAUCCAGGGCUGGCCUCACACACACACACACACACACACACACACACAGACAUCUUUCUAGGCUGGGGUCUCCAGAUGUGCUUGAGAGACUGGGGCCAGGCAUCCUACAUGUCCCUGACGUCUGAUGGCAGAGGAGAGAGCUAUGCUUCCAAGGAAUGUUCAUAUUAAAAGGGGAAUUAUUUCUGCUCUUUGCGUUUGGAAGACUUGAAGCAUGACUUAAGUCUAGGAAAGUAACUCAUUUCAGCUGGUUAGUACUAUUGAAUUUAACAGGAAAAAAAUCCACCUGAAAAUGAGUAAAUUACGACUUGCAUCAUCCUGUCUCUCCAGGAGUAGACUGGUGCAAGCAUAAAGCCACUGACCACAGCAGAGCGGGGGCGUUCCAGAAUCCAGUGGGGCUGGAGAACGAAGCAAAGGGAGUGAGUGCAGUGUUUCUGGUUUUAUCUGGAAGGAGACUUGGGAGUCUAUUUUAGAGUUUUGCCAAUACUUUGAAAGUGAAAUUGCUCAGUCGUGUCCGACUCUUUGUGACCCCACGGACUGUAGCCCACCAGGCUCCUCUGUCCAUGGAAUUUUCCAGGCAAGAAUACUGGAGUGGGUAGCCAUAUUCUUCUCCAGGGGAUCUUCCCGACCCAGGGAUCGAACCUGGGUCUCCUGCAUUGCAGGCACAUUCUUUACCACUAGCACCGCCUGCCUGUACUUUGAUGAGCAGAAAAAGACUCUCUUUACUCCAGAUGGUUUUUUUCCUUAACUGGUUGGGCUCUUUUGGUUCACAGAAAGAAUGUUUGUUUUGCGCAUGUAACAGUUUGAAGAAUUUCCAUUGGGAACAGCAAGUAGAUUUUCAUUGUGUGUCAAUUCAUUGUAUUUUCCCUUCUCUUGGGGCUGGAGACGAGUUUACAGUGAACACUAGCAUGGAGAAACGGAUGCCUGCAUGCUUUCGAGGUGGCAGGGUCACUUCAGACUUGAGGUCAGUGUGAGCUUAGCGAGGGGUCUGCCCACUGCAGGUGCACUUGCUUUCCAAGUUCAGAGCCCCCUGCACGGGAAAGUGAGGCAGAGACAACAGAGAAGCCUGGAUGUUCCUGGUCGGCUUCAGGGUUAGUUAGGGCUUCAGCUCUCAACCAGCAGAAGCAUGGUUGGUGAAUGGGACACACGGUGAGGCCUCAGAUGCUGUGGUCUGAGUCACCCUAAAGAGCAUUUGGUUAAACCAAAACUGUCCUCUUUUUGCACCCAGGGGCUUCUCUUGGCUGCAGGGAAGGGCUCAGGUCAGCUGCCAAGACUCAGCUGGCAGUGCCCGGAGCCACGUUUUUUUGGGGCCGCUUAGUAUUGUGUCAGUAUGGUUGGGAUGUUUAUUGCACUUGGAAAGCAGCCAUUUCUUUGAGCCAGAGGAGAGGAACAUUCUAGAACUUUCACUUCCUUACCCUGCCUUGUGUCAGAUCCAGGAAUAGCUUUGUAGGUCUCCAGGCUCAACUAAGGUACAUAAUCUGCUACCUUUGGGAGCCAAAAUCUAUUCCUUAUAAGCCUGGAAAAUUCAUUCUGCAAGAAAGAGAGAAAACCUCUAACAGCACUCUAUCUUAGGAGUAUUAAAACCCAGAUGCCAACGGCUGGCAAGUCUUACCCCUGGGCUGUGACCUCUUGGUAACACCGUCAGUAAUGUUAAUAGUACACUGUUCAUUCAGGGAGUCCCCUUUCCUGGGUAUGACCACCAUCCAAAGGGCUGGGAGGUGGUGAGGAGGGGGUCUGCCUUUGUGGCUUUCACAGCCUCAUUGUAGAUCUAAUUUUAAGUCAUUUGAAUAACACCCAGUGCUUGUAAAAACUCACCUCCACCUCCAAAAAUUAUUUCAGUGACAUGCAGUUUCAAUUAGUUCCUUCACUGAAAGGAACCUUCUUUAAUCUGGCCUCGGGGAACCAGAUAACACCCACAUAAUAAUUUUUUUCAACACUAUGUGUGGUUGUCAGAUUUCAAGGUAAACUUGCCCCUAGUAUAUGUCAGGGUGUUUUGUGAGUCAUUUUUUAAAAGGAUUUUGUUCUACUUUCUAUACCAGCCUAUAUUGUUAAAAUCAUCAGAAAUGUGUGAAUAUUUUAGGAUUCAAAGCCCACCAAAUAAACCUGUUCAUAAGUGGGCGUAUGUGGUCAGCCUUGAAAAAAAUCAAGCACUUCUCUCUCUGAUAUUUACUGAGAACUUACCCAGUAACCAGGGUUUCUUUUUAUGCAGUGGAAAGAAUGCAUAUUUUUCUUCUAGGAACUCUGGUUUUGUACUUUUUUCAUUGAAAAAGAAUAAUAUUCCUGUGCAGUUGUUUCUAAAGCUAUGUUCCUUUGCAUUUUCCCUCUCAUACUCAAAGCCCUGAUUUCCUCCUGUUUCUCAAUCUAAACAGAAUGGGGGCCUGGGGCAGAGAGGGUGAUGCAGGAACCAGAGGCAGGGGGAUGGCGGCUUUGCUGCGUCUGGUUGAGGAGCCAGCCCCUGCCGUUCCACCCACUGUCACCGCUAGGGGGCGCGCUCCCCCGUGUUAGAAAGUAGCCGGUCCCACUGGCGGCUCUCAGGGCGCUGGCUCCACCUACUGCAGCUACGGGGGCAUUGCUCUUGUGCAAAUCAAGGAACUUGUUGGGUCUGAGGAGGAUGGUGGGGGAGGGAACUUAGCGGCGAGCCUGGGAUUCGAAUCCAACACUCCUGCGGUACCUGGUGACACCUUGCCUUUCUCUGCUGCUGUGUCUGGGGUCAUAGGGGGUCCUCAGCCUUCUUUCUUUUUCUGCAUCUGCUUUGGUGAAGGCCCCUUUGAGAUCAGCCCUGCAGGGGCCUCAGGGGUUAAGUUGGAGGUGUUUCCCCUGCUGCUGGGCCGGCCCAGGGAGGAGGCACCCUGUGCCCAACAAGGGGUUGGAGAAGUCAGGCUCCCUCUGCUUAGACUGGAUCACAGAGUUUCUAGGUGGAGACUAUGACGUCUGGGAUUUCAGAUGUCAAGGAGCUGAGGGGGGCAAUGCAGAUCAUUGCAUGGUGUGUGUGUGUGCGUGCGCGCGCACGCGCGUGCAUGUGCGUGUGUCUGUGUGUGUGCUUGUGCGUGCACCAGGGGGAGCGAGUGGAUAUGUGAACAGGUGGGUCUGACUCUUCCUGCAGUCAAGGUCAGGACCUGCUACAUAAUUCGUGGGCUGAGUGCAGAAUGAAACGGUGAGGCCCCUUGUUCAGAAUUGUGAAGAAUUUCAAGGUGAUGACAGCAGAGAAUGAAACCAGGAGCGGGCCCUUCUGAGCACAGGGUGCCCUGUGACUGCACAGAUCAGACGCCCAUGAAGCCGGCCCUGGUCACACUGUCUUUUCAGUUGGUUUCUGAAGCAGGUGGGGCUUCAUCUUCUGCUUCUUACUCUGCAAAGUCUCCCUGGCAGGUUGUGGAGAACUGGGCUGGUAACACUUUUCAAAAUAUCUGCUUAUAAAAGCACAAAUGAUCUGGAUCAGUCAGAGGCUGUAGGACUCAAGCCCCAAGUUGACAGAUGCACCUGGUCUCUGGGCUCCCAAUCCAGGGCAGGCCAGGGCUGCCGAGAGGCCUCCAAGUCUUUACCAUUUAACCCACUGAUUGGAAAUAAAACCCUUCCUUUUAGUUGUUAGUUGUCCACUGGGGGCUUUUCUCCUCUUUGCUGGUGGGUCAGACAGGCUGCUCUGGCCUCUGCCUUCCAAGUGACCAUCUGAGUGAUGGCAACGAGAAGCAGGCAGCUGGUGGGGUGGGUGGUGCCCAGUGUCCCUUCCACGGGGCUGGACGCUGUUCUUCCAUCUCCUCUUCCUGGAGAGAGUGAAGCCUGCCCAGGCUGGGCGCUUGGUACACAGGUGUCUGGAGGCACCUGCUUCUGAGAUGCAGCGACUUCCCAGUUGGGCUGUCUGCCAUAGGACCCCACCUAUGAGUGGGCUGUUGGGAGCAGAGACCCCACUGUGUGCGUAGCCUCGGGUUCCAGGAGACCACAUCCCAGGGAGGCAGCUGACACGGGAGUCUCCCCUCUGGCUGUAUGCUUGUUCUUACUUUCUUUCACUAGCACUUUCUAGCGCUCAGCAGGACACUCCAAAACCUUUGCUUGACCUUUGCAGAUCAGUUUCACGUCUACCUACACAGAGCAAUAAUCCUGUCUAUGUUUCCCGAUUCUGUCUGGGAUUAUAAAGUUUGCUAAGUAAAAAUACUGACAGAAAGUUGAAUAGAGAUAUCAAAUUCAUCUUGCAUGGGUUUGAUUGUGUCAUUUUGAAUGAAAUAACAAAUUCUAGCUUUGUUUCUACUUGUAUUGCAAUCGUCCAGACUACUGAAAGUUCAGAAAGUGUUUUCUAGAGGCGUUUAAUUAAUAUUGUGUCAGUGUUAGUUUUCACGAGUGAACGUUUUGUUGUACAUUUUACAAAUCAACAUCCUUAAAAUGUCUGGUAAAUAUUCACUAUUGGACAGUAGAUAUUCUAGCAAGAUCUUUGGUAAUGAUAUUUAUUUUAACACAUGCAUUUAAAACGUACAUUGCCAAUAGCCCAAGUGUCUUUAAACUGUAAAACCAACUUCAGAUCUUCUUUGCUGAAGCCCAAGCAGGCUGAGAUCUGUACCCUUUGGGCCCUUUCUUCUACUCUUUCAUAGUCCUACCUAGAUAGAGAAGUUGGCGAUUUCAUAAUUCAUGUCCUGUUGCCUUAGCUACAUCAGCGUAUACCUUCACAUCUAUAGGUGGUCAGCAUAUGUGUAAAUACAUGUAUACAGAUGAGAGUCUGCAACAGAAUGUCCUAUGUAUGAUAAGCAGUCCUCAGCUCCUGGUUUUCUGCAUUUUAUAUAGUUUCCAGCUAAGAAGAAUGCAGAAUUCCACUACAUAAAGUGAAAAAGUUAUGCUCUUUCAAUGGUUUGUCCAGAAAUCUCUGCUGUAAGUUUAUGGGAAUGUCUAUGACUCAAUGUACAUAUGGUGUGUAAGAGGUUAUGCUGUUAAGUGUUGCAUAAACUAACGCAGAUUCUGUAGUUAUAAAUAAUUAACUUGUUAUUGUAAAAUGUGAUUUGUCAUUGAGAGAUUAUUUUUCUGUAUGUAUAUGAGAGUAUUUUAGGAAUCUAAUUUAAGUGCAUAAAACUAUAGAAAAAAGUAAAAAAAACCUAUUCCAAGAGUAGAGAGUGCUUAAUCAGAUUACUUGGGUUCAACCCAACUAAAUUUCAUAUAUUAAAAAGAAAACCUGAGUUGCAUAUGUUAGAAAUUCAAAGAAGUCAUUUUGGAGGGGCAUAGAAAAUGUGAAGUUGAAUGCAACAGGUGGUGUUAUGAUAAGAUGAUUAGUGUCCUCUAGCCAUGACCUUGGUUGAGACCCCUGUGUUUCAUUAAACAGGUAACAUGUUCGGGAAGGUGCUUUUGUCAGGAGGGAUAGGGGGCUUGAGAGUCUGGUUCCCAUCAGAUCAGAGUUAUGUGCUCUGGAAGCUUCCAUGGGUUCUAGAGGAUGGGCCAGGAAUCUUGGGUGGAGCCAACCGUCCUUCUAGAAAGUUCCGAACGUCCUGACUUCCGGGUCACCCUUUGCAGUUCUCUUUCUGAAUAGAUUCAAUGCAUCCCUUUGGUGUUUGCAUUGUACUUUCCUGGAGGCAUCCUCACUGUCCCCACCGUAGCUUUCCACUGUGGGAUGAAGGAUGAAGUUUGGGGCUUUCUGGGUUAAGCUGUUCCCGGCACACAGGACAGCCAGCACAGAGCAGCCUUCUAGCUGCUCGUGUCCAUGAUGGAGACCUCAAGGCAAGAGGCCUUCCUCUUUUCCCAGUCCAAGAAAAGGGUCAGAGGUCCAGGCUGCUUCUCGGGCACAGACUUCUUAUCCUUUGCCACCGGAAAUGUCCCCACAGGCCACCUAGGGAUGGAUACAAUGCAGAAUCCUAUGAAAGUCAAGAUGCAAACCCCCAAGAGGUGCAUUUAGAGGUCCUUUCAGGAGGAGGCAAUCCUGUGAGGUCAGCCUCCCUCAUCAGGCUGGGAACAACGGAGCGCUGAAAACGGCCAAGUUCCCGGUGAGUCGCGGGUGUUGCAUACAGAGCGCUGUGUGUGGGAUGUUGAGGGCCCUGGCUCGAAAGGACAUAUGGGGAAUGUGUGCCUUAGGUUUUCAACAUUUCUUUCAAUGAGCUGUAUGCUUCCCAAUGCUGUCAACCAACAGUCCAAGUCCUUUUUUGAUACACCUGAAAUUGGCAAAUGCUGGCGUUCAAGUGACCUCCUGGAAUUCAGGGUUCAGGGGGCGCAGGGAGCUGUGAUUUCUGGGAGCUUCCUGGAAGCUGUUCUCAUAGGAGUGAUCUGAAAAUCACCUUGAGGAACUGUGUGGGUGGAUGUGAGUGACUUCAUUUCCAAACAUGGAGCUGUUUAGGGACCUCUUUGUCCAAGGUGGCCUGGGAAGGCCAUCUAAAGCUAGCCAGCAGAAGUGGAUAAGCUCCCAUCGACCCACCCAGAGUAAGUCCUGACCUCCUUCCUUGGCACCAAGUCCUCGUGACUGGUGUAGCAAGAGGGCUGUAAGUGGAGAUGAGUCAGCCAGUCAACCACCCCUUGGGUCCUGCUUGUUCCAAAAAAGUCUGGGGUCAAGAAAAGCCAGAGAACGUGGGGUCCUGCUCAGCAGUGACCACUUGCAAGCCAUUCCAGUUAGCCUUCACCUAUUUAGAAAAGAAUGUAUCGGUCCUGACAUGAGUCCCUUGUGUUUCCAGCGGCAGAUGGGUCACAGUGCUGGGGGCAUGUCGCCUCCCUCACAGCCCUGCCCGGGGGGUGGGAUAAGCCACCCCGCCUCCCCAAUGGACACCCUGUUGACUGUAAUAUACUUCUGUUGCCAAAUAACGGUACUGUUUAAUCUCCCAUCAAAGGGAGACUAUAUUGUUUGGUGUGUAAUGUCAAUGGAGUUCCAAAAAUUACUAGACACUAUUAUAAAUUGUAGAAUUCUG